AUGAAGGACUCUUCCCUCGUUAUCGCCUUCGGCGCCGUCCUUCUCGUCACCUAUCUUAUUGACAAACUGCUCCGGGCGAAGAAGAAUAAUGCCGGACUCCUUCCCCUUCCGCCUGGGCCCAAGGGCCUUCCCUUCGUGGGAAACCUGUGGGAUAUGCCCACGCCGGAGGGUCUUGCCGCUCACCAUUGGGCCAAACAUAGGGAUUUGUACGGCCCCAUCAGCGCCGUCAGAGUGCUAGGCAACACACUGAUCAUCCUCAACGACGCUCAAGUCGUUUUUGACCUCUUCGAGAAGCAGUCUCUCAAGUUCUCGUCGCGGCCAAAGCAAUACUUUUCCUACGAGCUGGUCGGCUGGAAGGAUGGAACAGGUGCUCAGCAGUACAACGACACGCUGCGCUAUCACCGGAGAAGCUUUGCCCGCAUCAUCGGUACACACGCGACCGCGAGUCAAUACAACAAGCUGCAAGAGGCCGAAGUGGGCCAUUUCCUCCUCCGCGUCCUGGACGAUCCUCAGGGCUUCAGAGAAUACAUCCAGAAACAGGCGGGUUCCGUCGUUGUGCAGAUUAUUUAUGGCUAUAACGCCGAGCAAUAUAAGAAGGAUCCCCUUCUCGCCAUGAUGGCCCAGGUGAUGGACGACUUUGCCAAGUCCGCUACUCCUGGGGCCUUUCUGGUGGAUAUCUUUCCAGCCUUACGUUUUGUACCGAGUUGGUUCCCCGCGACGGGCUGGAAGAAAAUCGCCAAGCGAAUGGCCUUGGACUUGAGCGAGGCUGUCGAAAAGCCCUAUGCCUUCGUCGAGAACCAAAGGGCUGAGGGCCAGAACAGGUUGUCGUACCUUUCGAAGCUGCUAGAAACGAACGGAGAUACACCCGAAGACAGACAUCGCAACAAAUGGUCCGCGGCAUCCCUGUACGGUGGCGGGUCGGACACGACUGUAGCGGCUAUUGCAGCGUUCUUUCUCGUCAUGACUGUGUUCCCCGAGGUGCAGCAGAAAGCACAGGCUGAGAUCGAUCGCGUGGUGGGGGCUGAACGGUUGCCGACGCUCGACGAUCGUGAGCGUCUGCCGUACGUAGAUGCUCUUGUGAAGGAGAUUCUCCGAUGGCACCCCAUCGCGCCGAUGGGAGUCCCUCACUCGAACUCGGAAGACACCACCUACCGAGGUUAUCGCAUCCCCAAAGAUGCAAUCUUACUACCAAACAUCUGGUGGCUCACGCACGACCCGGCCGUCUAUAAAGAUCCCACGGAUUUCAGGCCCGAGCGGCAUAUGGAAGGUCAAGGCAGGGAACCAGAGUUUGAUCCUCGUAAGCUCGCGUUCGGCUUCGGCCGCCGGAUUUGCCCCGGUAAAAUCCUCGCCGAAAACUCGCUUUUUCUCAACAUCGCGCAGUCGCUGGCAGUGUUCGACAUUGCCAAGAAGGUCGUCGAUGGCAAGGUUGUCGAGCCCAAGGUGGAUUUCGAAGAUGGCUUGAUCAGUCAUCCAAUGGAAUUCGAGACAUCAAUCAAGCCCAGGUCAGCCCGGCACGAGGAGUUGAUUCGGACGAUUGAGCAGAGAUUCCCGUGGAAAGAAUCAGAUGCCGAAGUUCUAGAGAGGAUGAAGGGCUAG